AGCGGAGGCGAGUAUACGUCACGCACCAGUAAAGGUGGAGGCAUCAGAGAAGGGCGCGUGGCAUUAAUGACCCAGCUGCAUUUACUGAUCCUGCUGCUGUUGCGUUUGGGGUAGAUACAUACAUACAAACAUGAGUCAUUAAAUUCUCACUAAUCUCCUUCACUCUCAAUUUCUCAACAAAUUCUUCACCCAAGAAUCAAAAUAUAAAAAAUACUCUUGUGGAAUGAUUGAGAUUUGAGAGAUAAAUAGGCCAUGCAUGAAUCGUUGUUGUGAAAUUGUUGAUUUUGGUGGGAUUUGUUGAGAAAAGAAAGAAUCUGUGGGUAGAUGAAAUCAAUGGCGACUUCUUCUUCUUCCUCCUCCAAAGCCUCGCUCUCCCCGCAUCACCCUCCCCACUUCACUCCGAUUGAAGAGGGCAACGAGGAAGAGGAAUUCUCGCAGGGGAGGGUGAGUUACAGAGCAACUCCGACCAGCAGCGAUUACACGCACUUCCCGACGCCACUGAAUUCCGAGAAGAGUCGCCGCAGCAGCAGCAGCAAAACUUGUUCGUCAUCGGCGAAGAAGAGCGAUGAGACGAGCGGCGUGUCGUGCAACAAGUGCAGGCCUAGCAAUAGGGAGAGGUUGUCGGUUGUUCCGUUGGAGGGCAACAACCACAGGCUUUCGAUGACUAGCCCCAACGGAAUUUUCAAAUCUGUUUUAGCCUCUCUCGCGCUCAAGAGGAGCCCUAAGUCGUCGGAUUCGUCGUCGUCGCGGGAGGAGCACUGGAAGAUCGCGGUGGCGGAGCUCUCCAAUAAGCUAAUCCAGGCGAGCCGGCGCCGCGAUGAGGCCGUUCUAGAAGCUUCCAAGCUCAAGUACUCCAUGGCCGAGCUCGAGAAGAAGCUCAACAAGCUCGAAAUCUACUGCCACAGCUUGAAAUCCGAGCUCGAAACCUGCAAUUUUAACGGCAACAAUGAGCAGCAGCAAAAAUCGAUGAAUUACAAGCAAAUCAAAGUGGGGGAUGAGUCUAAAGUGAUCGAGCAUUUCUUGGUGUCGGUUUCGGAGACGAGGACGUCGGUCCGUUUCUUGGGCCGGGCCCUGGGCCUUCAGCUCCGACAGAUGGGCCCGAAAGUCUACGACCGGAUCGCUAUGCUUCUGCAGCCUUACGACAUCAAGAUUUCCAUCUCGAGGAACCCUCGGGCCCUUGUGUUGUACCUCGAGGCCUUGCUCAACAGAGCAUUCUUCGAGGAUUUCGAGUCGGCUGGAUUCCACAAGAGCGGGCCGAGCCCGAUUCUGAACCCCAUCGACCGCUGCGAAUCCAACUUUGCCAUGUUCAGCCGGCUGCAGGAGCUCACGUGGGAGGAGGUCCUCAACAAAGGGACCAGGCAUUUCAGUGAGGAGUUCAGCAAGUUCUGCGACAGGAAGAUGAGCGACAUUGUGGCUCUGUUGGGCUGGAAUCGGGCCUGGCCCGAACCCCUCUUGCAGGCCUUUUUCGUAGCCUCCAAGGCCGUGUGGCUCGUCCACCUUCUGGCUAACUCGUUGCACCCGGGGCUGCCCAUUUUCCGGGUCGAUAAGGGGGUCCGGUUCGACCCCGUGUACAUGGAGGAUAUGGGCGGGGACAAGGCUAGGAAACUCGUCCCCGCCAUGGUUCGCAUCAUGGUCACACCUGGUUUCUAUGUGUACGAUAACGUCGUUAAGUGUAAGGUGCUAUGUAGGUAUUACAAUAACAACAACAACGGAGUUACUGGUAGCCAUAUAUUGGACGCGGGCUUCACCCCAUCCCCGUCGUAGCCGAUAAAUCGAACCAAAUCCAAUAGGGAAAAGCUAUGGUAUCAUUUGUCUCGAUAUCUUGUGUCGAUUUGCGAAAAGCUGGGAUUUGGACAAUGAGCAUAUUUGAAAUUGGAGGGGAAUACCGAGAAGUAGUUUUUUAUUGUUGAUACAAUUAGCAAGUGGAAAGUAGAAUGUUUGGAGUUAUGUUAUUGUUUGUUGUGUACUGACUCGUUAGUUGGUCAAUUUUGCUGCUGAAUUCUCUUGUUUUUUUUGCAAGGUUAAGACAAGUUUGGCAUGUGGGUAUACAAUGUAUGAGUAGUGUAUAAAAUUUUUGGACUU